AGAGUUUCUGGGGCCAUGUGCUGCGCUGCCCUUUCGGCUCCUGGGGUGAGAAGAAAGCUGCCGGCGCCGGCCUGCAGCCUAGGGCGGUGGGAAGGCCCGAACCUGCUGUCACCCCACGUGUCUAAGGUAGUGGGAGGUGUGUGGCCCUGGAAAAAAGCUGCCAAGAAUUCAUCCUGUCUUGUUCUUGCUGCCCGGCAUGCCAGUGCUUCUUCCACGAAUUUGAAAGAUGUAUUGGCCAACUUGAUACCUAAGGAACAGGCCAGAAUUAAGGCCUUCAGACAGCAACAUGGCAAGACUGUGGUGGGCCAAAUCACUGUGGACAUGAUGUAUGGUGGCAUGAGAGGCAUGAAAGGACUGGUAUAUGAAACCUCAGUUCUUGAUCCUGAUGAGGGCAUCCGCUUCAGAGGCCAUAGUAUCCCUGAAUGCCAAAAACUGCUGCCCAAAGCUAAGGGUGGGGAAGAACCCCUGCCUGAAGGUUUAUUCUGGCUGCUGGUAACUGGACAGAUCCCAACAGAAGAACAGGUGUCUUGGCUUUCAAAAGAGUGGGCAAAAAGAGCAGCUCUGCCUUCUCAUGUGGUCACCAUGCUAGACAACUUUCCUACUAAUCUACAUCCUAUGUCUCAGCUAAGUGCAGCUAUUACAGCACUCAACAGUGAAAGUAACUUUGCCCGGGCAUAUGCAGAGGGUAUCAACCGAACCAAGUAUUGGGAGUUGAUUUAUGAAGACUGUAUGGAUCUGAUUGCAAAGCUACCUUGUAUUGCAGCAAAGAUCUACCGGAAUCUUUACCGCGAGGGCAGUAGUAUUGGGGCCAUUGACUCUAAGCUGGACUGGUCCCACAAUUUCACCAACAUGUUAGGCUAUACUGAUGCUCAGUUCACGGAACUCAUGCGCUUAUACCUCACUAUCCACAGUGACCAUGAGGGUGGCAAUGUAAGUGCCCAUACCAGCCACUUGGUGGGCAGUGCCCUUUCAGACCCUUACCUGUCAUUUGCAGCAGCCAUGAAUGGGCUGGCAGGGCCUCUACAUGGACUGGCAAAUCAGGAAGUACUUGUCUGGUUAACACAACUACAAAAGGAAGUCGGCAAAAAUGUGUCGGAUGAGAAGUUACGAGACUACAUCUGGAACACACUCAACUCAGGACGGGUUGUCCCAGGCUAUGGCCAUGCAGUACUAAGGAAGACUGAUCCACGAUAUUCCUGUCAGCGAGAGUUUGCUCUGAAACACCUGCCCAAUGACCCCAUGUUUAAGCUGGUUGCUCAGCUGUAUAAGAUUGUGCCCAAUAUUCUCCUAGAGCAGGGAAAGGCCAAGAAUCCUUGGCCCAAUGUAGAUGCUCACAGUGGGGUGCUGCUUCAGUACUACGGCAUGACAGAGAUGAAUUAUUACACAGUCCUGUUUGGAGUGUCACGGGCACUGGGUGUGCUAGCACAACUCAUCUGGAGCCGAGCCUUAGCUUUCCCUCUAGAAAGGCCUAAAUCCAUGAGCACAGAUGGUUUGAUGAAGUUUGUGGACUCUAAGUCAGGGUAAAACUUGGAGACUGGGGGGAAACUGACUACCAGAAGAUAAGGAAACUUAAUAACAACAAAAAGUAAUAUACUUUUGUUUCAGGGGGCCUUUAAAGGCAAGAUUAAAUUGUAUCUGAGGCAGUGAAAAUAAGUUUGAAGUUAAAAUAUAAAUUAAGACUUUAACAGAUAAAAAGUGAUCCCUUCUUCUUAACCAGCUCCCUUCCCCUGCCUGGGAUGAGUUACCCAUCAGCCGUAGGAUGACCAGGACUAAUGCAUGUGAUGUGGGUUAGGUUUGGCCCCCACCAUUACUGAAAUAAAAAUCUGGCUCCUCUUUCUCUGGGUCAAAGCAGGUUACAGACAAUCUGCAGUCAUUCUGGAGUUUUUGCUUCUACUCUGCCCAGACCUAUAGGCUAGGAAACCAGGACCUUAACCCUGCUGUUUCCAUAAAGAUCAUUUGGGAUUAUCAGCUCUACCAAGCCCUAUCCUGUGCACAUAGACAUCGCCUAGUAAGACCUGCUGGGUAGCUGGACAUACUUCCACAGUUUUUCGUUUUAUGCUACCAAGUGACCAUGAAGGCAUGGCAUUUGUUGUGAUUGGCACCCAGUCUUUCAUUUGAUUUUCUUUUUAAAGUUAUCCGUUAAAAUUAAGACCUGGAAGUGUUCUGUUUCCCACUACUUUAAUACCUCUUUCCAGACUUGGUAUACCUAUUCUGCCUCAAGCUGAGGAUCCCUAGAUCUUCCCCUCUUGGUCCUUACCAAAAGGCCUGUUUCAGUAGGUCUGUCCGAUCUGUGGUCAUUCCCAGUCACUGGGAUUUAACAGCACUUAAUGUGAACUAAGCUUUUUACUUCAGCAGAACUCAAGCCACUACUGUCUGACCUUUUUCAUGUUAAUAUGCUAUGGGCAUAGAACAGGGGCUCAGGUAUGACUAGCCCAUUUAUGGUCUGGUCCCAGAGGUAUAAGUAUUUCCUUUAGAGCAGAAAUGAUUCAAGAUUAAAUAUGGUCGGACUGGGGAUUUAGCUCAGUGGUUUGACACCUGCCUUGUAAGCAGAAGGUCCCAAAUUUGAUCCCUGGUACCCAAUAUAUAUAUGUAUGGUCUCCUUUGAAUAUCAGGUCUAUGGGCUGGGGACAGUCAAUGUAGUAAGCCUCCCUUCUCAUCCC